AAAAUGAGGCGGGGGACCAGGAGGAACGGUCCCAAGCCCCUCUCUUAAUUAUAGUUAGAAUUAAUUCACCCCUCUCAUCUAUUCCGGUACGAUUACAGCUUCCAUGUUUAUGUCCGUCCUUUCUUCACGUCUCACCUCUCACCUUUCAAGUUUUAAUCUCAACCCUCCUCACCACUAAUCACUACCUAGUAUCUCCAGACUCCUAAUCUCAUAAUAAAUCCAUACUAGAUCCUAGAAAAUGCCCCGACUUGCGCCAUCCCUCUUCUGGAGGGCCAGGCGCGAGAUAUCACCCAUGGCUGCCCAGUUGCUCCCAGCCUGCCGGGACCUCGAGUCCGCCGCCAACGAGCUGCGCUGGAUUAGAGAGUACGUCCAAGAUACCAAAUCACCAAUUCCGGACGAACUGCGUAUUUGGAGGCUAGUAGAAAAGCGGGCAAAGGGCAUCCCGCUACAGUAUGUGCUCGGAACACAGCCGUUUGGCAAUCUCGAGAUCAAGUGCCGACCAGGCGUGCUCAUCCCAAGACCCGAGACAGAGGCCUACACCCUCCACCUCGCCACCCUCCUCUCCCAGUCCCACCCACCACCACCAUCCCUCACCAUCGUAGACCUCUGCACCGGCACCGGCUGCAUCCCCCUCCUCCUCCUGCACUCCAUCCAAGCCGCCCUCCCCCGCACCACCGCCAUCACCAUCCACGGCGUCGACAUCUCCCCGCGCGCCAUCGCCCUCGCCCGCGCAAACCACGCCCACAACCCCCCUCCCUCCCCCUUCCUCCCCCACCACACCCUCACCUUCCACCAAUACGACAUCUUCUCCCCCACCCACGACCCCAACUCCCCACCCGACAAACCGCACCCCACAGUCGACCUCCUCGUCUGCAACCCCCCCUACAUCUCCCCGCGCGACUUCGCCCGCGCCACCGCCCGCGCCGUGCGCAACCACGAGCCGCGCCGCGCCCUCGUCCCGGCGCCCCCGCAGCAGCAGCAGCAGCAGCAGCGCGCCGACCGCUAUGCGGCGUGGUGCCGCCGGCCCGAGGACGUCUUCUACGCGCGCCUGCUGGAGAUCGCGGCGUACGCGCGGCCCCGGCGGGUGCUGAUGGAGGUUGGGGGGUGGGAGCAGGCGGUGAGGGUUGUGGGGUUGGUGUUUGGGAAACAGGGUGAGGGUGGUUUUGGUGUGGGGGGGUAUGAGGUGGAGGUUUGGCGGGAUGAGCCCGCGGCUGGGGAUAGGGGGGAGAGGGUUGAGGUUGCGGGGCGGGAGGUGGUUGUGAGAGGGGUCGGGAGGGGGAGGGCGGUUUAUUUGAAGUUGGCGGAGGACUGAUCAGUCUAUCAAUCUAGCGACUUGAUGUGUGUGUAUGUGUGGUGGGUUUGUGUAAUAGGUACAUACCAGGCGGUUGGGAGGGGUGUUGAGCGGCGUCCUGCAUCCGCCCUCACCAUCGCCAGGCUCGGAGGAGUUCCUCCUCCGUCGCGGGAUGGUCGCCACGACCCUGUUCUUUGGAACCUCGGAUUCGACGUCUGUCCUUUCACGUCGUAAUGUAUAUCAUUGGGGCCCGAGGAAUCCGAUACCAUUCUAAAUGUAAAUCAAAGACUAGUUCCCCUGCCAUUUCAU